AUGGGACACGUCGAUCCUAAGCAAAUUCCAAGUAAAGGCAAGCCUUGGACGGCCAUAUCAGAUCUCGACUUUAUCCACAAGGUUGACUUGAUCAUUCCUCAGGACAUCUAUGAAAUUGUUGCCCAGAAGAUGGCUGAGCGUGAAGCCCCGGCAUAUUACAGAGUCAUCAUGACGCUGGGCCAGGUGCUUGAAACCAAGUUUCUCACUCAGUAUAUCAAGUUAGGAAACAUCAUGAUGCUCUCCGAAGGCAAAACGACUAUUGGGAAUCUAUUCACUCUUCGAGAGGGAAACCUGGACCUAUAUCUCGAUAGAGAGACGUAUGAACGCGCUGGUCUUGAAGGAAAGCCUUACGGUAAAAAGGGUGACCGAGGAUCUAAGCCCAGAUGGAAGGUAUCAUAUAACCUCAGAGAGGAAUCCAUGCUACAUGGGAGAAAAGGAUUCGACAGACUGGUGUAUACAUGUAAAAAUGUAUUGAACCAGCCCAUGGCAUGGCUUGUCUGCAACGCCUCUAAGUCGGCUAUGAGCGUAGAUUUAUUGCAGGAUCUGAACGCGACAGAAAUGACAUCUUCACCAACGCUAUCCAAAGAUACCGGAAUCUAUCAGAUACCCCUCAGGAUACCUUCCACAAUCCUCGCCCAAGGAGACCGCGAGGCUCUCGAGUAUUCUGCGACAGAGAUGUACGAGUGGCUAUCACUGGUCCGACUGGAAAGCCCUCGUGUUGUAGCUGGGGAUGACAUCGACCCUUAUCUCUCACGAUAUGCGCCACCAGAGGCAGACAGCACCGCGGCCCAAGUGCAAGUCUGUAAGCUGAGUUGGCAAGGAUUCCUAUCCUCGAGCUGGUUGAGGACCCUAUUCGUCGAUAUAGUCACCAACUGCCCCUCGCAAUCUUGGUUUGCGCUUAGCGGCACGACCUUUUCUCGCAACAUCCUUGGAGGAUGCAACGAAUUGAGUUUUCUUCGGCCCCCAGAGAGCUCGGGAGAAUUUCUCAUGUGGGAGACCAAAAGUCAGGACUGA